UCGGGGGGCGCAAAUCAAGCAGCGAGAGAGAGAGGCGCCAGCGCCGCGCCGCCGCACGCACCGUUGGGGGACUCACUCCGCGCUGAGGGAAAGUGGCAAGAGGAGGAGCCGUCGCGCCUGGUCCGUGAAUGGUGACAGCCGGUCUGUCAGGGACUUGAGCGGUGGACCGCGCGACCUGUGGUACAGGGAAGGCGAGGGAGGAGGACCCGAGAGGGAGAGCGCGCGCCAGAGAGUUGAGGGGGAAAGCGCGCCGUGAGGCAUGAAGGAGCCCGAGCGCCCCGGCUACUUGUGUCUCGCGCUGUUGUUUUUCGCUGCCCUGCUGAGCGCUUCGCAGGGGCAGGAGGAGGACCUCCUCCCCAUUGCUGUGGCUGCAAAGAAUUGUGUCUGCAACGGUAAAAGCCACUGUUCUUGUGAUGCAAUCAAAGGCAGUAAGGGUGAAAAGGGCUUUCCUGGUUUCCCUGGUCCACCUGGUCAGAUGGGUUUCCCUGGUCCAGAGGGUCCUCCGGGGCCACAAGGACCCAAGGGUUUUCCAGGGCCGGGGGGCUUUGUUGGGCCUAAAGGUUCAAGGGGUUUGCCAGGAGUCCCUGGUUAUUCAGGUCCCCCAGGCCUUCCAGGCGAAGCAGGAAAUGCAGGUGCUCUAGGACACCCAGGUAUACCAGGUUGCAAUGGGACAAAGGGUGAGCAGGGAUUCCCAGGAUUCCCAGGGCAAGGAGGGCUCCCAGGAUUACCAGGUCCUAAAGGAGUCAAAGGAGAAAAAGGAUGUUCCGCAAGUGGGUAUGACCAGGGUUAUAGUUCCAAAGGUGAUCCUGGAUUGCCAGGAAUGCCUGGAUUUCAGGGUGAUCCAGGACCUCGAGGAUUACCAGGGCUGAUAGGGCCAGAGGGCCCUCCAGGCUUUCCAGGAGCACUAGGAAGACCAGGACUUCCAGGGCCAAAGGGUCUUAUGGGUGUUAAAGUCAAUGGUGCCAAAGGAUUGAAGGGUGACAAUGGACUAAUGGGGCCCCCAGGACCAACUGGAACAGUUAUCGUAACCCUAACUGGAGCAGAAAAUAUGACGGAAUUAAAAGGAGAUAAAGGAGAUAUGGGUUCUCCAGGACCCCCUGGACCCCCUGGAGAUUCAGGCUCACCUGGUGAUUUUCGAAGUGCAAAAGGAGAUCCAGGAGAGGCAGGACCUCAGGGUAGACCUGGAAAGGAUGGAACUCCUGGUCCACCUGGCUUGCUGGGAGAAAAAGGAGAACAGGGUUUGCCAGGAAGACCUGGAAAAGUUGGGUCCAAGGGACAGAAAGGUGAAAUUGGCAGCAAAGGAAUUCGGGGUCCAACAGAGUAUUAUGAUGAAUUGCCAGGUGAAAAAGGAAACCAGGGCUAUCCAGGUCUCCCAGGACUCAAAGGCCAAUUUGGAGCACCCGGACCACGAGGUCCCCCAGGUGCCACUGGAAGGCCAGGUGUUUCGAGACCUGGUCCAAGAGGUCUAACAGGCUCUCCAGGCCUCAAAGGAAGUAAAGGAGAUAGAGGACAACCUGGCAUGAAUGCUAUUGGACCCCCAGGACUUCCUGGAUUGCAAGGAAGACCUGGCCCAGCAGGAUCACCAGGUCUUUCAGGACCACCAGGUAUAAUAACUUUUGAAAGAGGCCCACUGGGACCCACAGGAACCCCAGGAUGCAUUGGACCUCCAGGCCUUGCAGGAGAUAGUGGAGCAAAAGGUGAAGAAGCAGGCCCAUGUGACCAGUGCACCUUUUUGAUGGGGCCACCUGGCCUUCCUGGUGUUCCUGGAGCACAGGGUGAACAAGGAGUUAAAGGUAUAGAAGGAGCAUUUGGGCCUAAAGGAUCCCAAGGAACGCCUGGGAUUCAGGGGCCUCCUGGCAUUCAGGGACUUCCAGGUCUUCCAGGAAACCAAGGUCUUAAAGGAUUGAAAGGUGAACCAGGGUAUGCAGAACCAGAAGGCCCGAAAGGAGACAGAGGAGAGCCAGGACCCAGAGGAAGCUCAGGAGAAAAUGGUUCAGACGGGUUACCUGGGAAACCUGGACUGAAAGGCUCAAGAGGCUCUGUGGGAGAACAAGGACCUGAUGGUACAAAAGGAGACAGAGGUGUACCAGGAUCAGUUGGUAGCCCAGGUCUUCCUGGAGAGAGAGGGCUACCUGGACCAUCAGGAUAUGGACCACCAGGAGUGGAAGGGUCUAAGGGAUCUCAAGGAAAUCCUGGUUUGCCUGGGUUGGUUGGAGAAGCAGGUCCUAAAGGUGAGCCUGGUAAAGUAAAUGUAAUUCCUGGACCUCCUGGACUUCGAGGGCCAGAUGGUAGGCCUGGACCACAAGGAGAAAGAGGUAGUGUUGGAUCCAGAGGGCCACGUGGUUAUCCAGGCCUCCCAGGACCAGAAGGUGACCCUGGCUUUUCAGAGAAUGGAUUUCCUGGCUAUCCUGGCAUUAAAGGAGAUAAAGGGUCUCCAGGAUCCACAGGGCCACCAGGCUGUCCUGGACAAUUAGGGAAACCAGGCUUACCUGGAAAACCUGGAAUUCCUGGAGAAAAGGGUGAACCGGGCCCAGUUAUACCCGGACAACAAGGCAGGCUAGGUUCGCCAGGAGUCGAUGGCAUGCCAGGUGAGAAGGGCGAAAGAGGAUUCCCAGGACUUCCGGGGCUCCAAGGUCAACAAGGUCGUGAUGGUGCUGAUGGGCCAAGAGGAGAACCUGGGUCCCCUGGAGUUCCAGGAGAAAAGGGUGUUCCAGGAAAAAUAGGUGACUGUCUUAUUGGCUUACCAGGCCCACCAGGUCUAUGUGGAUUAAUGGGCCCCCCAGGAAAACGUGGAGAACUAGGAGCCAAAGGAGACCCAGGUUUUCCAGGAUUAGACAUCCCAGGGUUCCCAGGGCCAUUUGGGCUGCCUGGAUUACCUGGCCCACAAGGAGAUGAAGGAUCUCCUGGCAUCAAGGGACAACCUGGCAGGCCAGGAGUACCAGGUGUAUCAGGUCUAAGAGGAGAAAUAGGCUUGAUGGGUGCUGUAGGUAAUCCUGGGCUACCGGGUGUCUUUGGAAAUCCAGGUAUCCGUGGCAGCAGGGGUUCUCCUGGCUUCCCAGGACCAAAAGGAAGAAAGGGAUCUUCAGGUGAAAAAGGUGAGCCAGGUGAUAAAGGUUCUCCUGGAACAUCAGAGUCCAAAGUGAGUUUCGGCGAUAAAGGAGACAGAGGAACUAAAGGAUUUCCUGGAAGACUGGGACUCAAGGGAGAAAAGGGAGAGCAAGGUCUGAAAGGAUGCAUAGGUCCUGAUGGACUACCAGGAAUGCCAGGGCCGCCAGGUUCCAAAGGAGACAAGGGACUUCAAGGAAUUCUUGGUGGACAGGGAUUGACAGGAGCUCCAGGAGACAGAGGGGACAUGGGAGUGCCAGGUUCUAAAGGUGAACGGGGUUCUUCUGGUUUGCCUGGGUCACCAGGAAUACCAGGGCCACCUGGCUUGCUUGGUAUUCCAGGGGAUAAAGGAGAACCAGCCUGUCCUGGAUCUGGACCUCCUGGGGACCCAGGACCUGAGGGUGAUCCAGGUCCCCCAGGAGAAAGAGGAAGAAAAGGUGAAAGUGGAUCAGCAGGCCGGCCAGGGCUUGUUGGAGAACCUGGACUAUCUGGAAACAGAGGGGAAUCUGGUUUACCAGGAAUUCCAGGACAAUCAGGACCUACUGGCAGUAAUGGUAUUAAAGGUGCUAAAGGAUUACCAGGACAAAAUGGCAUCAGAGGCUCUCCAGGUUCACCUGGGUUACUGGGUGAUGAUGGACCACCUGGUGAGAAGGGUAGCCAAGGACAGGAUGGUAUCCCUGGACCCCCAGGAGAGAAGGGAGCACAAGGUUCUCCAGGACAGCAGAUUCCUGGUCCUCAAGGCAUUCCUGGUCCUAAAGGUGUCAAAGGAGACAUUGGGGUGCCUGGUAUACCAGGGCUACCGGGUAUUAAAGGUCGUAUGGGAGACCAGGGACCAAUUGGACCUCCGGGCUUACCUGGACAACCAGGACUUCCCGGGAAACCAGGUGCAAUAAUUUCUGGCCAAAAAGGAAACAGAGGCCCCCCUGGUCCUGAUGGAAAACCUGGUGUCCCUGGUAUUCCAGGACCUGCUGGACUCCCUGGCUAUAGUACUAAAGGAAAUAAAGGUGUUCGAGGAAAUGAUGGCUUACCAGGCCCGCCAGGAACUAGAGGUGACGUUGGUUUACCUGGGCCAGCAGGAAUUGAAGGCAUCCUUGGCUAUCAAGGUCCUAGAGGUGAACCUGGUUUUCCAGGAUUCCCAGGCAUCAAAGGAGAAAUGGGCAAUCAAGGACCACCUGGGCAAAUAGGAGUACCAGGACCUGGAGGGUCAAAGGGACCACCUGGUCCGCCUGGAGCACCUGUGGCUGCUGUCUCUUUCCCAGGAAACCCAGGACCUGCUGGACCUCCAGGAAACCUAGGAAGCUCAGGAGAUCCAGGUCCCAGAGGACCGCCAGGGCCACCAGGACCUCCAGGUGUAAAGGGCCAGCUAGGUCGUCUUGGGAUACCUGGCAUACCUGGACCACCUGGACUAAAAGGAGAGAAAGGUUUUCAAGGCCCGAAAGGUUUGCCUGGAAUGCUUGGGUUUCCUGGUAGGAAGGGACUCCCUGGAUUCCCAGGAAGUUGCUUAACUGGCCCAGCCAAAAGGGGCUUCAUCUUUUCUCGGCACAGCCAGUCAACAGAGAUUCCUUCAUGUCCAUCUGGGACAUCUCAAAUCUAUAGUGGUUAUUCUCUCCUUUUCGUACAAGGGAACGAGCAAGCACAUGGGCAAGAUCUUGGUUCAGCUGGUAGCUGCCUUCAGAGAUUUACCACCAUGCCUUUUUUAUUAUGUAAUCCCAGUAACGUUUGCAGAUUUGCUUCUCGCAAUGACUAUUCAUACUGGCUGUCAACGGCAGAGCCAAUGCCAUUAGAUAUGGCACCAAUUUCUGGGAAAGCUUUGGAGCCUUAUAUUAGCAGAUGCAUUGUCUGCGAAGGCCCUGCAGUGAUGAUAGCAGUUCACAGCCAAACCACUUCAGUUCCACCAUGUCCUCAAGGCUGGCAGUCUGUUUGGAAAGGGUAUUCUUUUGUUAUGUACACAGGUGCAGGCUCAGAAGCUUCUGGACAAGCGCUGGCAUCUCCAGGAUCAUGCUUGGAACAAUUUCAUGCCAUUCCAUUUAUUGAAUGCCAUGGCCGAGGGACAUGCAAUUAUUACUCAAACUCCUACAGCUUCUGGUUGGCUUCAAUAAAUCCAAGAAGAAUGUUCAGGAAACCAUUGUCACAGACUCUGAAAGCUGGAGAAAUGGAAAAAAUCAUAAGUCGCUGCCAAGUCUGCAUGAGGAGACCCAGCUAAACAGAACUGUCAUUAGAGAACGAAGCUCCAAUUUUGUGUCGCCAAACUAAAAUAAACCAAAAAGGUUUUGUGAACUUGUAAUAUGGUGUUUUAAAAGCUGCAGAGACAAGAACACACACCACAAAGUAGUGGAAACAGAAAGUGCAGGGAAAACGUAGCUUCUGGACCAAGCAUGCCACUCAUUUGUAUGUUGGAUAGAGUUCCACUCUGUGCUGCUUUAGUGUAACUGUUGGAAGCUUUUCAAUCUCCUCUCCCCUUUACAAAGAGAAAAGUAGCCCCUUGCCUGACCAGAUAUGUGACCCUGCUCUCCAGAGUGAACCAGCAUACAGCAGCAUUCUUACUGAAGGUAACUAGCUGAUAAUAAAGCACAAGUGACCCAGGUAUCCUUCUCUGUGUUAGUUUAUUCCAACAGUUACAGUAUGACACAAGGCCGGACUCAAGUGAGUUGUUGUGCUGGUGGGAGCCAGUGCAACAAGUCCUGUUAGGGCAAUGGGAUUUCCCCACUCUUCUUCCCUGGAUAGCUCAGUUGGUUAGAGUAUGCUGCUGAUAACGCCAAGGUUGCAGGUUCAAUCCCC